UCCCCAGAGCCCGCCCGCCCGCCCGUGACCAUGGAGGCCAGAGCGCUCCGGCUGCUGGUGGUAUUCCUGGUCCUGGGGUCCUCCAGCUGGGCAGCAGCGUACCAGGGCCUGUCGACGAACCUGUGUGAGGUGCCGGCCAAGGACAGGGUGGACUGUGGCUACCCCCACAUCACCCCCGAGCAGUGCACCAAUCGGGGCUGCUGCUUCGACUCCAGCAUCCACGGGGUGCCCUGGUGCUUCAAGCCUCUGCAGGACACAGAAUGCAGAUUUUGAAGCAACGUCCACUGGCCCUGGACACCCCGGGAAAUGACCCUCCACACUCGGGGCACCCUGCCUGUGUCCUCUGCCGGCUGUGGCUCAUCCCUGCUUUUCUCCUACCCUGCUCCCAGCAAGCCCCUUCACUGAAAGCUAAGGCCUGGGGCCUGAUGUCUUAACGAAUAAAGAAAGAUCCCAAAC